AACCUUUCGUUGGGAAGAUAUUUGUCCAUACACGACCAUAUGCAUUCAUCCAUCCAUCCAUCCUCGAUCAUUACGUACACUGUACAGUUGCAAACUUGCAAUUUACGACUGAGGAGUGAAGCAGCAUAAUAAUGGCAGAAGCAGGGAGUGAGAGCGUUUCCAUUCCUCGCGUGAACCUUGGUUCCCAAGGCCUUCAAGUUUCAAAGUUGGGGUUUGGGUGUAUGGGGCUCACUGGAGCUUACAACGAUCCUCUCCCCGAACAAGAAGCCAUAUCAGUUAUUAAGCAUGCUUUCAGUAAAGGCAUCACUUUUUUCGAUACUGCUGAUGUCUAUGGUUCUAAGCAUGCUAACGAACUCUUGCUCGCCAAGGCUUUGAAGCAAUUGCCUAGGGACAACAUACAGCUAGCAACAAAAUUUGGCAUGUCAAGAGGCAUCUCUGGUUUGCAGAUCAAGGGUACACCAGACUAUGUGCGCUCAUGUUGUGAAGCUAGCUUGAAACGUCUUGAUGUUCAAUACAUUGAUCUCUAUUAUCAACAUAGAGUUGACACAUCGGUGCCUAUAGAACAAACAAUGGGUGAACUUAAGAAACUGGUUGAGGAGGGGAAAGUGAAGUAUAUAGGGUUAUCUGAAGCCAGCCCUGAUACUAUAAGGAGAGCGCAUGCUGUUCAUCCUAUUACCGCAGUUCAGUUAGAGUGGUCUCUUUGGACUCGAGACAUCGAGGACGAAGUAAUCCCUCUUUGCAGGGAACUUGGUAUUGGAAUUGUGCCAUAUAGCCCUCUUGGUCGUGGCUUUUUUGGCGGCAAGGGAGUUGUGGAAACUGUGCCUUCUGUUAGCUCCUUGAGCGGUCAUCCUCGGUAUCAAGCAGAGAACAUGGAGAAGAACAAGAGGAUAUAUGAGAGAAUAGAAAGCCUUGCAAAGAAGCAUGAGUGCACCACUCCUCAAUUGGCAUUAGCAUGGGUACUCCAACAAGGCAAUGAUGUUGUGCCUAUUCCUGGAACUACUAAAAUCAAGAACCUGGAUCAAAACAUAGGUGCCUUGUCAGUGAAACUUAGUGAAAAGGACCUAAGGGAAAUUUCGGAAGCAGUUCCAAUUGAUGAUGUGGCAGGAAUCAGGCACUACAAUGAAAGGCAUGCUAAAUUUUCUUGGAAAUCUGCUAACACACCUGCAAAUGAUUCAAGUGUCUCAACUGUACCUAGAGUAGGGAACACUAAAUUAUGAAUAAGGGUAAUUUUACAUCUAUCAAUACAUGAUCCAGAUGUAUAACACUGUUUUAUUGGAAAAUGUUGGAAUCUAACUUCCUUAAAAAUAUAGAAAGAUAUUAGUCCAAGUCUAUUCUAGUUGAUUGGCUAGGUAGAUACUACAUGAUGUCUCAGUUUUAUGUGUAAUACAGGUUUUUGAUGUAACAACUAUGUAUAAUAAUAUGGCUUUCCUUUAUUAUCCAUUCA